GAAGGUGGCCGCGGCGCAGCGGGAAGCUCAGCUGCGCGGAGCGCGGUUGGCAGCCAGGCCGCGCCUGUAGGACCCCCGGGCCGGGGUGACGCGAUGGGGACCCGACUCGGGUAGUGAGACGCCUGCGAGCGGAACUUCAGCCGGAGGGGCUCGCCUGCUCCGGUCAGACUCGGCGACCUCCUCCACCUGCUGCCGCUGUGGCCCCGCGUCCGGCGGGCCACGACGGCGUCGGCGACGGCGGGGGCAUGUGGCGCUGGGUCCGGCAGCAGCUGGGUUUUGACCCACCACAUCAAAGUGACACAAGAACUAUUUACAUAGCCAACAGAUUUCCUCAGAAUGGCCUUUACACACCUCAGAAAUUUAUAGAUAACCGGAUCAUUUCAUCUAAGUAUACUGUAUGGAAUUUUGUUCCAAAAAAUUUAUUUGAACAAUUCAGAAGAGUGGCAAACUUUUAUUUUCUUAUUAUAUUUUUGGUUCAGCUUAUGAUUGACACACCUACUAGUCCAAUUACCAGUGGACUCCCAUUAUUCUUUGUGAUAACAGUAACUGCCAUAAAACAGGGAUAUGAAGACUGGUUACGCCAUAACUCAGAUAAUGAAGUAAAUGGAGCUCCUGUUUAUGUUGUUAGAAGUGGUGGCCUUGUGAAAACUAGAUCAAAAAACAUUCGGGUGGGUGAUAUUGUCCGUAUAGCCAAAGAUGAAAUUUUCCCUGCAGAUUUGGUGCUUCUGUCCUCAGAUCGACUCGAUGGUUCAUGUCAUGUUACAACUGCCAGUUUGGAUGGAGAGACGAACCUGAAGGUUUGCUCAUAUAUAUGUGUCAGUAUUGUUCUGGGCCACAGAUUUAUGGGACGAAUGAUAAUAACUCAACAAAUGGAAGAAAUUGUAAGACCUCUGGGACCAGAGAGUCUCUUGCUUCGUGGAGCCAGAUUAAAAAAUACAAAAGAAAUUUUUGGUGUGGCUGUGUACACCGGAAUGGAAACGAAGAUGGCAUUAAACUACAAGAGCAAGUCACAGAAACGAUCUGCAGUAGAAAAAUCAAUGAACACAUUUUUAAUAAUUUAUCUAAUAAUCCUUAUUUCUGAGGCCAUCAUCAGUACUAUCUUGAAAUAUACCUGGCAAGCAGAAGAAAAAUGGGAUGAACCUUGGUAUAACCAAAAAACAGAACAUCAAAGAAACAGUAGUAAGAUUCUAAGAUUUAUUUCUGAUUUCCUUGCUUUUUUGGUACUCUACAAUUUCAUCAUUCCAAUUUCUUUGUAUGUGACUGUUGAGAUGCAGAAAUUUCUUGGAUCGUUUUUUAUUGGCUGGGAUCUUGAUCUAUACCAUGAAGAGUCAGAUCAGAAAGCUCAAGUCAAUACUUCUGACCUGAAUGAAGAGCUUGGACAGGUGGAAUAUGUGUUUACAGAUAAAACUGGGACACUGACAGAAAAUGAAAUGCAGUUUCGAGAAUGUUCAAUUAAUGGCAUGAAAUACCAAGAAGUCAAUGGUAAACUUGUACCUGAAGGACCAACCCCAGACUCUGCAGAAGAAAGCUUAUCUUACCUUGGUAGUUUAUCUCAUCUCAACAACUCAACACAUGUCACAACCAGUUCUUCUUUUAGAACCAGUCCUGAAAGUGAAACUGAACUAAUGAAAGAACAUGACCUCUUCUUUAAAGCAGUCAGUCUUUGCCAUACUGUACAGAUCAGCAGUGUUCAAACUGAUGGCAUUGGAGAUGGUCCCUGGCAGUCCAACCUAGCACCUGCACAGCUGGAGUACUAUGCAUCUUCACCAGAUGAAAAGGCUCUAGUGGAAGCUGCAGCAAGAGCUGGUAUCAUAUUUAUAGGCAUUUCUGAAGAAAGUAUGGAGGUUAAAGUACUUGGAAGACUGGAAAGGUACAAAUUGCUUCAUAUUCUGGAAUUUGAUUCAGAUCGUAGGAGAAUGAGUGUAAUUGUUCAAGCACCUUCAGGUGAGAAGCUUUUAUUUGCUAAAGGAGCAGAAUCUUCAAUUCUCCCUAAAUGUAUAGGUGGAGAAAUAGCAAAAACCAGAAUUCAUGUAGAUGAAUUUGCUUUGAAAGGACUGCGGACACUAUGUAUAGCUUAUAGACAGUUUACCGCUAAAGAGUAUGACGAUAUAGAUAGGCGCCUGUUUGAGGCCAGGACUGCUUUGCAGCGACGGGAAGAGAAGCUGGCUGAUGCCUUCCAGUACAUUGAGAAAGACCUGAUACUGCUAGGAGCUACAGCAGUGGAAGACAGACUACAAGAUAAAGUUCGAGAAACUAUUGAAGCAUUGAGAAUGGCUGGUAUCAAAGUAUGGGUGCUUACAGGAGACAAACAUGAAACAGCUGUUAGUGUGAGCUUAUCAUGCGGACAUUUUCAUAGAGCUAUGAAUAUCCUCGAACUUAUCAACCAGAAGUCAGACAGUGGAUGUGCUGAACAGUUGAGGCAGCUUGCCAGGAGAAUUACAGAAGACCAUGUGAUUCAGCAUGGGCUGGUAGUAGAUGGGACCAGCUUAUCUCUUGCACUCAGGGAGCAUGAAAAGCUGUUUAUGGAAGUUUGCAGAAACUGCUCAGCUGUGUUGUGUUGCCGCAUGGCACCUUUACAGAAAGCAAAAGUAAUAAGACUGAUAAAAAUCUCACCUGAGAAACCGAUAACAUUGGCUGUUGGUGAUGGUGCUAAUGAUGUCAGCAUGAUACAAGAAGCACAUGUUGGCAUAGGAAUCAUGGGUAAAGAAGGAAGACAAGCUGCAAGGAACAGUGACUAUGCAGUAGCUAGAUUUAAAUUCCUCUCCAAAUUACUGUUUGUUCAUGGUCAUUUUUAUUAUAUUAGAAUAGCUACCCUUGUACAGUAUUUUUUUUAUAAGAAUGUGUGCUUUAUCACACCCCAAUUUUUAUAUCAGUUCUACUGUUUGUUUUCUCAACAAACACUGUAUGACAGCGUGUACCUGACUUUGUACAAUAUCUGUUUUACUUCCCUGCCUGUUCUCAUAUAUAGUCUUUUGGAACAACAUAUAGACCCUCAUGUGUUACAGAGCAAGCCUACCCUCUAUCGGGACAUUAGUAAAAACCGUCUCUUGAGCAUUAAAGCAUUUCUUUACUGGACCAUCCUGGGUUUCAGCCACGCCUUCAUUUUCUUUUUUGGAUCCUAUUUUCUCGUGGGGAAAGAUACAUCUCUGCUUGGAAAUGGCCAGAUGUUUGGAAACUGGACGUUUGGUACUCUGGUCUUCACAGUCAUGGUUAUUACGGUCACAGUAAAGAUGGCUUUGGAAACUCAUUUCUGGACCUGGAUCAACCAUCUUGUCACUUGGGGAUCUAUUAUAUUUUAUUUUAUAUUUUCUUUGUUUUAUGGUGGGAUUCUCUGGCCAUUUUUGGGCUCCCAGAAUAUGUACUUUGUAUUUAUUCAGCUCCUGUCAAGUGGACCGGUGUGGUUUGCCAUACUCCUCAUGGUUGUUACUUGUCUGUUCCUUGAUGUUGUGAAGAAAGUGUUUGACCGACACCUUCAUCCAACAAGUACAGAAAAGGCACAGCUUGCUGAAGCACAUUCAAGUGUCAAGUGCUUGGACUCCAUGUGCUGUUUCCCAGGAGAGACCCCAUGCACGUCUGUUGGAAGAAUGCUGGAGCGAGUCAUAGGAAGGUGUAGUCCCAACCAUAUCAGCAGGUUGUGGAGUGCAUCGGAUCCUUUCUAUACCAAUGACAGGAGCAUCUUGACUCUCUCCACAAUGGACUCAUCUACUUGUUAAAGGACAAGUUCCCCUGUCCUCAGGUUUGGGGUCAUUCUAUUAAGAGGCCACACUGGCUCUGAAGUUACUGUCUGAAAUCUCUGGAGGAGUUGAGAGCUUCUUGGAGUUCCGCAGGAAACAGGCCUUCUCUGUUCUCUUUCAUUUGAAUGUGAGCUUACUAAACUUUGGAAAUAAAGAGAUACUUCCAAUCUCUUUGUUUGGUUUGUCCCUUCCGCUUAAGGGACUUCUGGUGGCAUUAUAGCCUUUGCUGGAGCCACUAUACUUUAAUAUCAAGAUAGAAGAAAAGGGUAACUCCUGGGUGUAUUUUUAGGAUUAGUAUGGUUUGGGACUCUUCUAUUUAAAUCUGCUUCUGUAAAUUAUGCUAAAGAUUUGCCUUGAGAACUCUAUUUUUUUUAUUAGAUUAUAUUUGAAGCUUUUCAUGGGAAAAGUUAAUGUGAAUAUUAAGGAAUUUGGUCCUUCAGUGACCUGUGUAGUUAAUUCAUUUGUGCUUCUUAAGUCACAGCAAAUAUGGAGAACACAUUUCUAACCAUUGUCUUCUUCAGUGUUGGUUGAAAGCUUGGACCGACCCCAGACUUCUUUAAUGAAACUGUAACACAGCCAGGGAAGCUAAUCUAAGAAGGGCACGGGGAGUUUGACAUCUCAUGUCCAAGUCAGAGGUAAAGCCAUUCACUACACUUCAAAUUGGUGUUUGCUAACAUUUUUUGUAGUCACAUUUGUAAAGUCUGUAGUGGGUAGAUAGAUACCAUUGUCUCACAUUUAAUUUCCUGAAUCUGUCCUAUCUUCUGCAUGCUUCAACUGGCUAAUAUAUUUCACCCCCUCCCCAAUUACCUGCUCCCUCUCCAAAGACUGUUCAUAAUUUUAUAACAAUGUUGUAAAGUUCAGAUGUAUCAAUAAAAAAACAAGUUGAACAGUGUUUAUAUAUUGCAAAUACAUUGAAUUAUACAAAUUAAAGUAUAAGCCAUAAAAUCUUUCCAUGUCCCACUUAGGAUUACUCUUGACUUUCUGUAAACCAGCCUUUAGAAUAAAGGAUUUUUGUUAAGAAUCUUGUUAUUUUUAGGUUAUUGUAUGUUAUCUAAUUUAAAGCAGACUGCCACAAUAAAGUGAAUUAUGCUUACAUAA